AUGCUAGACUCCGAAGUUCCUCGCUACUGGGAUCAAGCGACUCUUAUUGCAAAGAAUCCUGUUGUUGCUGCGAAAUUUUUCAAUAUUUAUCUUCGAUCUUUCUUGUCUGCAUUACUGGGUUAUGACCCCAGCCAAGAAAAUCUGACGGGUGGUAUAUUAGGUGUUGUUAAGGCCCAUUAUGGGUGUAUUGAGGCCCAAGGCAGAGGCAGUCUGCAUUGCCAUAUGAUGAUAUGGCUUGAGGGUGGUUUAAAUCCCAAUGAAAUAAAGCAGCGUGCUAUAGAGGACCCAGAGUCUGACUUUUGUGCAAGGUUAAUCCAAUUCCUUGAUGAAUCUAUCUCUAACAGUGUUCCUCCGCUCCCUAACGAGCCAGUCCAUGUGCCGUCUGAUGAUAAACAUCCCUGUUCUGUCAGAGGUACGACGAUGGAAGGUUUUGAUCGUUCUAUAAUGACAAGUGAGACCGCUAAACAGAAGGAUGUCCACAAUCUAGUCAUGAAAUGUCAAGUACAUACGCACAGCGGGACUUGUUAUAAGUACUGUAAAGGCAAUACUCAUCCAAAACAAUGUCGAUUUGGAUUGGAUGCUUCGAAUACUGAACCUAUUACUCAUUUCGAUCCUGCAACUGGUGAACUGACAUUGCGGUGUCUGGACGGAUUAGUGAACAACUUUAAUGAGUUUAUUAUUCGCGCUAUUCGCUGCAAUAUGGAUAUUAAAUUCAUCGGGUCUGGUGCAUCCGCUAAAGCUGUCUUGUAUUAUAUCACAAAUUACAUUACAAAGUCGCAAUUGAAAGCACACGUUGCAUUUGCCGCACUCGAGAGAGCUGUGAGGCGUUUACAUGAGCAGGAUGUUGAUGACGAUCCGUUAACCGUUCGUGCUAAAAAAUUACUGCAAAAAUGUGCCUAUAUGAUGAUCAGUCAGCAGGAGUUGUCUGCGCAACAAGUGUGCACUCACUUGCUCGGACUCGAGGAUCACUUUACUUCUCACUCAUACCGUAAUUUCUAUUGGAUUUCCAUCGAACGCUUUCUCGAUUCCCAGGUGCCUUCGCCUGAAUGC